AUGAUUAAUAAAGUACUUUUCUGGAAUAUUAGAUCAGUAAGAACUCAAAAAUCAUUUGAGAGACUUAUUGACCUACAUAGGAGGAAUCAUUACUCAUACAUUGCUCUUUUAGAGCCUUUUCAAAAUCCAGCAGAACUCGAGAGGUACAGAAUCAAAUUGGGAAUGCCCAAAGCAAAGGCGAGCAGCUCAGCAAAAAUUUGGAUUUUCUGGAAGGAUGAUUGGGAAGAACAAGAUUAUAAUGAUACUGGACAACAGCUCACGGUCAAUUUCCAAAAAAGGGGAACCACUGAUAUUUUUAGUGUUACAGCAGUAUACGCAAGGUGCAAUGCAUUGGAAAGAUUGGAAUUGUGGGAAUCUCUAGAGGAUAUAGCAUUCAAAAUGCAGAAACCAUGGUUGGUUGGUGGAGAUUUCAACACAAUAAGGAGUGAGUCAGAAAAACUGGGCGGAUUGCCAGUCACUCAGUUGGAAACCAUAGACUUUAACCUAUGUAUCAGCUCAUGUGCUCUAAAUGAACUCAACUUCAAGGGAAGUUCAUUCACUUGGUGGAAUGGAAGAGUAGGGGCAGAAUGCAUUUUUGAAAGACUAGACAGGGUUUUUGGGAAUGAAGAGUUUAUGAAUCUACUACCUAACAAUGAAGUUCAACAUUUGAUUAGACAAGGGUCAGAUCAUGCACCACUACAGGGAGAGAUUACUGGUAAUCCUUUUACAGUGGUGCACAGUAAGAUGAAAAAAGUAAAGCUCGAAAUAGCUAAAUGGAGUAAGAAGACAUUUGGAAAUGUUUUUUAG